UUUGUUACAAAAUUCGACCAACGUUAGCAGAGAGUGAAGUAGAAUUUAUAGGAAGGAGUACGAAACUUGCAUAAAAAUAUAAUUAGAAUAUCUUCAAUAACUCGAAAACUCUGGGAGUAUAACUGAUGAGUAGAUUUUUUCGGAAGUGGUACAUUAUCGUUAUUUAAGUCAACUAUAUCUGGAUACUCGAAAACAAGGAAAACUGAUAUUACUAGUGACAUGAAAAGUUCCAACCAUACAACCAAGAUCUGGCUUGUUUUCUCAGCAAUCAUUGCCGUUGCUAUGGGAGCAAGAGAAAAUCAUUUCAACCGACCAGCCAGGUCGUCAGAACAUAUACGAUACCACAGACAUAUCCCAUUUAUCCUUCAACGACAUCAGUUAACAGACUCCCAGGGCAUCAGCAGUCCAGGGUAUAAUCCUCAUUACCAGCGGGAACAGCAACACCACCUAACGAAUCGUCUACUCGUUGAAAAGAAAAGACGAUGUCAGAGAGUGCUAGAUCGCACCACCAACUACAGUAAAGUAUCUACAAUAUCACGUGCGAAACCCAGUCCACGUGCAGGAAGACAACGCUAUCAAUUAAUGCUCCGUCGUCAUGGGCACCGACGAUAUACCAUCAUACCGGUAUCACGGAACAGUUACUCCGGAGGAAGAAACCAAAGGCGACGUAACUACAUCAAGACUACAAUCUCACUUCCGUCUAGAAAUUAUCAUGGUCAUUACAAAUCUUACUCGGGAUUAUCAAGGGUCAGUGCUACGGAGAUUAGACUAACGAAACCUUUAACCUCUAUAAUCCCUGUUUCUAAAACGUCCACUGUCACGGUUCCUUUGGGAAAUCCGCCUUCUCAUCAGAAGCGAAGAAACAAUGUGGCGAUCACUCCUACUCCGAGAACAGCUCAACUCGACCGAUAUUCUGCCAGUCCUAACGGAAGGAGGAGAAUUCGCGUAUAUCUAAAAGGUGCAAGAGGAAGACACCCUUACAUAUUUAACAACAUAGCAAGUCAGUCAUGGAGCCCUUGUUUUCGAUGUCCAUCUGAUCACCUGAUAACAGUGGACCGUGGACGUCGCUGUGCCCUGGCUUCCUUGCCCCCUCUCAGAUCCUGUUCUAGGUUGACUAGUUCCCCUACGUCAGCAAACAUUGUUGUAACUGUCGGUCCUAAGCCAGGGACCGAGGUGGCUGAAGGUGAAUAUUUUAUACAGCUUCAUGUCGAAAAGUUUGGAGUUAAACUUCAAACCUGCCAGUUUCGGCUAAAAGUGAAAGUCCAGAAAUGUCCCCCUCUGAAGGCCCCAAAUAAUGGGUAUAUGAUGUGUACUGGUGGGUCAAGGUGGGGCAGUGUCUGUAAGUUUGCUUGUCAGAGAAGUUACCAGCUCAUCGGAAACUAUGGCGUUAUUUGUGAGGGUGACCAGCAUGGAGUUCAGUGGACUGGUCAGCUGCCUAUGUGUAGAGCUCAGCGGUGCCCAUCUUUAAGAGCCCCGGACCAUGGAUAUAUUAUGUGCUCUCGCGGUUUACUACCUCCCAGGAGUUCCUGCAGGUUUUCUUGCGAGAGGAACUACCAGUUAGUUGGAUGUCCAGUUCUCUUCUGUGACCACAGGAACAUCCAAUGGAAUCGUCCACCACCAGAGUGCAGAGGUGUAGUGGAUACUUCUUCGUCUGAUUUUUUUGUUUUAAAUCCAACAGAACAAUUUAACUUUAUAGAGUUUCAAAUCACUCAAUGUCACAA